UUUGGGUCAAGUUCAAACAAAGCUGAGCAGGCUUUUCGCUUUUGGCAUUUUGCUUUUUAGACGCUUCUCAGGCAGCGACAUGAAUGAGGAGACGCUCGACAUACAGCGUCUCAUGUCGUUCCAGACACUUGUGGAUACGGAUAAGCAGCUCUGUUUAGACAACUACAGUCAAGAGCGGAUGGACGAGAAGCAUCGCAUGAAUAAGUACUUCAAACGCAGCGAAUACAUAGCGAAACAAUAUCGCUGCGAUCCGGCGGAUAAUGAAUGCUUUCUCGCCUUCGAUGUAUACCCGGUUAACAACAAAUACUGCGCGGUAAUCUUCAGUCUGUGCGGCAUCUCUUCACACUUUUUCUACGUGCUCUACUGGAGUGUGAUCGAAGAGUCGCGACUGGAGGAUCCGGAGAAAUUCAUCUGUGAUCUUUUGGCCCACAUAUUCAUCUCUGAAAUACCCAAGCUGAAGAAGUUCUUGGUCAAGUUUGUUCUCUGCCGCAAUUCGGUGAUCAAUGAGCGUGUGAUCAAGUUGUUUGCCGAAUCGAGAAAGACUGCAAAGUUGUACAACACAUUUCCAUUUAUUUGUGAACCUUUGGAUUUGCGGCAUCAUCAGUUGCACGAUCCGUAUACGCAACAUGCCUGGAUGGAGAUAUUGCAGGGCAACAUCGAGCAGACAACGGUGCGUGAGAUCUUCUCAAAGUAUCGGGAAAUCGCCAUCGAAAAGGGCAACACAAUUCUUCAGCAGUUUGUCGAGCAAUUCUUCUACUUAGCACGCGACUUACUCGACAGCAGAUUUCAGAUAAAUCUUCGACUGUGUACCAUGGAGCGUAUGGAUAACUUUGAGCGCAUCAUAAGGGCGCACAUGAAGGAUUACACGGAUAAGGUUUUGUCGCGUAUGUUUGUCUUCGACCUGAUAAGAGCUCUAAUCCAUAUUUAUGGCUUCUGAGAAGCAACUAUUUUGUUAUAUAAUCGAUUUGGCAUUCAAAUUUUUUGUAUAUACCUAAAUUCAAUGAGUUUCCAUCAGCAA